CAAGUAGGUGUUGCUGAGGAACUGAAGAUACAAAUGAAUGAGCAAAUCCAAAACAAAGUGGACACUGUAGAUUACAAGUCACCCCCUGGGAAAUGGGAAGAAGAACCCACAAAGGAGAAAGUGGGGUGGUUCACUUGAUUCAUUACGAGGAGAAACUUGCCACCACUGCAGCUGAUGCAGCGCCAAAAGCCUUGGUGUCUAGUCAAACAAAGGAGAUUCCAUUUCAGGCGCAGGAUCCAGGACAAGAACAGGACUAAUCCACAACAAAAAUGUGAAAUAUACACAUUUAUACACUGUAUUCGAAUGGGGCCGAAUAUAAUCUAUUUUCAAAU